CACCACUGAUCAUUGGGGUUAGACAUCAUUAUCGGAACAAACUUGGUCUUAUGUUUUGAGUGCAAAGUAAACCUUCCGACUCACAUUGAAACCUCUCUUCUCCAUAUUCAGAGUACCCCCAAAAAAUGCUCUCUAGGGUCCGAUUCCUCAACCUCUUCGUUCACCGUGUUUCCCCAACAAUCACCACCGUCAAUGGCUCGUAUCGCUCCCUUUACAGCAACCCUUUCUGCACCAUUGUUAAGUCGCAAGAGUCACCGGAACUCCCACCUUGGGUCAAUUUCUCCGACAAGCCACCCCCUCGAAAGGCAAACUCAGAUGAUGACUUCGUUAUUCCUUCACUUGCCUAUUGGGUCGACACCCACAUGCUCAGUGCCAAGCCCAUAGUUGUGAAACAAACUUUCAAGGAAAACAAGGUCGAAGAUGUCGAAUCAAUAACCGUGGUUCUAAAGAAACGGUUCUCUUCUCCUGAGUUAGUUGCUCCAGCACUUGAUGGACUCGGUUUUAAGGUUUCAAAUAGUUUGGUGAAACAGGUUCUGAAGAGAUUCAGCAACGACUGGGUCCCAGCUUUCGGAUUUUUCAAAUGGGCCAAAGCUCAAACAGGUUACCAGCAUUCUCCUGAACUGUACAACUUGAUGGUUGACAUCUUGGGGAAGUCCAAUAAUUUUGAUCUUAUGUGGGAAUUGGUGGAGGAAAUGGCACAGCUUGAAGGCUAUGUGACAUUGUACACUAUGGCUAACGUAAUGAGGAGGCUUGCUAAGGCUUGCAAGCAUCAAGAAGCCAUUGAAGCAUUUCACAGAAUGGGGGAGUUUGGUGUCAAGAAGGACACUGAAGCGUUGAAUGUGCUGAUGGAUGCAUUGGUGAAAGGAAAUAGUGUUGAGCGUGCCCACGGUGUUUUUUUGGAAUUCAAGAGUGGGGUUCCUUUGAAUUCUCAUUCUUUCAAUGUUUUGAUGCAUGGGUGGUGCAAAGCUAGAAACUUUGACAAGGCCCAGAAAGCAAUGGAGGAGAUGAAGGAACAUGGGUUUGUCCCUGAUGUUUUCUCAUAUACGUGUUUCAUUGAAGCAUAUUGCCGUGAGAAGGAUUUCCGCAAGGUGGAUCAAGUUUUAGAGGAGAUGAGGGGAAAUGGGUGCACCCCUAAUGCUGUGACUUAUACCAUUGUGAUGCUUGCUUUGGGGAAGGCAGGCCAACUGACUAAAGCUUUGCAGGUUUAUGAUAAAAUGAAGAGUGAUGGCUGUGUUCCCGACACUGCAUUUUAUAACUCAUUGAUAUUCAUUCUUGGCAGUGCCGGCAGGUUAAGGGAUGCUUGCGAAGUGUUUGAGGAUAUGCCCAAGCAAGGGGUGGUGCGUGAUGUGUUGACAUACUCUACUAUGAUUAAUAUUGCUUGUGAAUACUCACGAGAAGAGACUGCUUUUAGGUUGCUUAAGGAAAUGGAAGAUGGAUCAUGCAAGCCUAAUGUUGAGACGUAUCAUCCGUUGCUCAAGAUGUGCUGCAAGAAGAAGAGAAUGAAGUUGAUCAAGUUUUUGUUGGAUCACAUGCUCAAAAAUGAUGUCAGCCUUGAUUUGGGAACUUAUACUCUCUUGGUACAUCGUACGUGUAAAAGUGGAAAACUUGAGCAUGCUUGCUUAUUCUUUGAGGAAAUGGUCUGGCGGGGAUUUACUCCCAAGCCCAACACCCUCCCGCUAUUGGUUCGAAUGCUCCAGUCCAAGAGGAUGUUUAAGGAGCAAGAACAUGUUCAGAAAUUAAUGGAACGCGUCUCCGAGUCACCAAAUAUUUAGUGGUUUUGGCAUGGAUUUACUUCCUGAAGUCAGCAAAAUGCUUUUGCUUAAUUCUUCAUUUCAUAAAAUAGAAACUACCUUAGUUUUUUGUGUGUCAGUGGUUUUUUUCUAAAUAGCGUGGAAUCUGCACUAAUAUCCGUUUUAUUUGCUCAAUCACAGCCUAGAGUGUGCUUGCUUUUUCAAGGUGAUUCAUGCAUGCGUAUCUUCAUACUCAAUAGACGUGAUUACCGAUUAAGAGAAGACGGGUGGGUAGUUCUUAUUUUCACUAUCAAAUGUGAAAAUCGUAAUCAGAAACGUUAACAAAACACUUUGUAACACAUUUUCACAACACUUUACUUUCCAAUAACAUUUACGUUUC